AGCUGUGAUUUUUCCCAGUGUUUUCAUUUACGUUUACGAAUUAAAUCCUUCGUUAGCAACAAUGGAUAUUCUUGCCGGAACCUUAUUUCUUGCUAUGGCCGUUUUGCUGCUUGAUUCUGUUGAAUCAAGCCCAAGUGAUUCUAGAAGACCUAAUAGUGAGCCUAUACCCCCUCAUAAUGAUAAUCAAGCUAUAGGUACCAUAAAUCAACAUUGGCAGUUAAUAGAAUAUGGGGAGGCACCUCCACCUCGAAUAACUCAGUCGUAUGAUGCACCAACUGGCACAUUGACUAGAGUAACAUUACACAUCACUGCAGAUGGCAGACAAAUUCAAUUCACAAAUUCUGAAGUGGUGCCACUUGAACAACGAGCACGAUUCCUUAGAGAAUGGCAAGCUGCACAAGCGAGGCAAGCACAAAGCUCAUCACCGCCAAGAUCACCACCAAGACCGCCACCAAAAAAGAACUGCGUGCCCUCCAUCUUCCCAUGCUUCAGGAAGCCAAAAUAAUUUCGAUCAACAAUCAAAUAGUGCACCUAUUCUAUUACUAGAUGCCUGGAUCGGCUGAAAAAACA